GGUACACACGUCGUACUCUAGUACCAGAAACACAGUUUCACUGACAGUUCCAACACUAGCCGACACACGCGGCCGUCCGAAAACAUCGACUUGCCGCGCUUUCCUCUUUAUAUAACUAUUUAUUAAUACGUCAAACGUAAGCGUGCGUUUAACUACCGCGAUAUAACGUAAUGAUAAUUCAACAUGUUCGUGUAAUCUCACGUGGAUACAAUGGAAGCUGUUACGAGUAACUAAAUUGUGCCAAAAACAAUAGCAUUUACCCUAAAUUUACUAUGAAAUCGUGCUGCUGUGUAUAAUAGUGAAUUGAUAUGAUAAAAUAAAAAAGCGUGUUUAAAGUCGACACAAUGUAAAUUUCUAUUCUUCAAUGUUUACCUCUUCAGUGUUGUGAAUAUAGGAUAAAAUGUUUUAAUUUAGUGUAGAACAAUGUAGUUAUCGGACUAGAGUAGACUGAAAGUUUUUGAUCAACCAUGGUUGUGAUAAAUAAAUAUAGUGCAUAAAAUUCUGUCCCAUCCACUGCAUGUGGAUAGACUUUAUCAAUAAACGGUUGUUACAUCAAAAGUUGUGAGUAAACUAGAACGAAGUUAGUAUAUUUAUACAAUCUGUAUUAUAAAGUUACGUCUACCUUAUUCAGUGUUCAUGUUUUAUUGACACAGACUCUUGAAACUUUUUUUCAUUUCUAAUACGGUUGUGAAUAGUGCAAUAAAAGACUUAAUAACUUACCAACAAUCAAUUCUUCUGCUGGAUUCUUUCUGAAGUGCUACAAUGGAAUUACCCGGACUGAUGUACCCUAAUUGAGGAUCACCGAAUAUGCUUCGAGAUAUAAGAAUGAUGUGGAAGUAGAAACCGCAACAUCCAUGCCACGAUGACUGCUAUAAACUCGGUGGCGAGUACGCGGCUGCCGCUGUCGCGGUUCUCGCCACGCGCAGUGGUGAUGUACAGCGCGGCAGUGGGCGGUGAGGGCGCCGUGGCGCUGCAGCUACGCGAGGCUCCGCCCGACCUGGCUGUAGCACACCACGACCGCCUCGCCAUCUGUCACCAGCCAGAGCUCCUCGCCGACCUACUCCACGCCGCCACUGAUAUCGACGGCGAGCACGAGGGGCUGACUGCCCUGCUGGGGUCCGCCUCGCCCGACCUCGCGCUGGCCUCCGACGCUUCCGACAGUCUGCCUCUGCCCGACCAUGAUAAUGAGUGUACAACAUCAUCGUCAUCGAGCAUGCUUGGUGGCAUUACGACAGUAUCUGUAGCGGUGACUGGACUGGAGGCGCGGCCGUUGUCACGCAAAGUGCGCCCUAAGCCCGCCUCACCUAACAGACAGGGGCCACAGCAAUGUCAGGUGUGCAACAAGGUGUUUGGUAACGCAUCAGCCCUGGCCAAGCACAAACUAACGCAUAGCGAUGAGCGGAAGUACGUCUGCAUUACAUGUGCGAAGGCUUUCAAACGGCAAGAUCAUCUUAACGGUCACAUGCUGACUCACCGCAACAAGAAGCCUUACGAGUGUAAAGCGGAGGGAUGUGGCAAGUCGUACUGCGACGCACGCUCCUUGCGCCGGCACACAGAGAACCAUCACCAACCACCCACUGAUGCAGGUACAAGUAACAACAGUAAUGGGGCUACGGGUAACGGAGAGCGCGACACGAAUUCGCUUCGAGUCGCUUCGCCUCCAUCCCCAUCGCGGAGUAAUCCGCUACAUUCUGAUUUAAGCAACGGCUCGGAGAAGAGUGGUACAAGCACGAGCGGGAGCGGCAGCGGGAGCGGAAGCGGAGGCGGCAGCGACAGCAGCCCGCCCUGCACGCCGCCCGCACCAACCACGCCACCAUCAAAAUACGCCAAGAAAACCAACGGCACCAAACCUAAGAGUUGUACCAAUACGCAGCAGGGAAGCCAAAAAUGCGGGAGCGUCGCAACUACGAGCGGGAACACAAGUGGAGCGGGUAGCGGACCGAGCACGAUACCCCGCCCCAGUGAUACCAAGCCAGUCGAAUGUAACCUCUGUCAUCGUAAAUUUAAAAACAUACCCGCUCUAAACGGUCACAUGCGGUUACACGGCGGAUAUUUUAAAAAAGACUCUGAUAAUAAGAAAAUGGACAAAAAAGAAUCCUCUGGACCACCGCUACAAACGGCAUCAGUGUCAGUACGAGCGCUUAUAGAAGAAAAGAUUAUCAGCCGUCGAGGAGCCAACGCUCAGCUAACAUCUUCUGGUACGAGUACAGACGCAGUAUCCUCACGAGCUGGCUUUGUAGCUCCAGCUCCUCCACCUUUGUCCACAAUCCGAUCAUCAGUGGCUUCAACCGCAUCUUCUAUAGUGACAACGCAGUUUGUGUCGCCACGUGCACCUUCCGUCGUAACUUUAGCUACGAAUAUCACAUCUAAUAAUCCGGCCAUUAGGGAUUCCACACUAAUUGAACUUCUGAAAAAAGGCAGUACGAAGGUUGUUAAAAGAUCAACUUCUGAUCCUGGACAAUCUUCACCACAUCAAGAAUACGCCUUUCGGCCGGAAUUAUUAGGUGUUUCAUUUAAUUCCGAUGAUGGCUAUUAUUCACCAGCAUUGAACGGCGAAGACACUUUUCAAUUUACCACAACACCUGAACAGUUGGAGGAAUUUGCGUCAUUGGAAGACUACGCUACUGUAGCUGCCUCCAUACGAGAACGAUCACCCGUAACUUUCCCGUCCAGCCGUCGACUUGCUGCCGUACUAAACUCACCACUACCGGAAUCUUUGGCGGACUUUGGCGCGAGUCACGGUGGCUCGCCUGCGCCUUCGCCCGGUAUCGGUUAUGCGGACAGUUCACCAUGCCUUUCAUAUUCAACAAAUGAUUCCCCAGGAACUGCUUAUAAUGUAACAUCACCAAGUGGAAGUUAUUCAAACCAAACUCAACCAUCGCCGGGUCUUGCGUAUCCAACUCCUCCAGCAUCCCACGAUGCUUAUUCACCUGCACAUACUAUUCCACGAGCUUCAUCACCUUUAUCAGCAGCUUUCUUUACAGCGACGAUGUCCAGUCAAGAAGAGGUGGAAGAAGCUUUAGAAGUGGUAUUACCAGAAGAAUGCAGAUCAUUAGACGCUUAUUCUUUAGAACCAACACCUACGCCGCGUCGUAUCAUGCUAAACUCGGAAGAUCCUCUUCUAUCGAGUAGUCCACGUGACUUUUCUCAUCAGCGGCACUUUCGUCGUCAACGACUAACUUCCUUGUCUAUGCCUAUUCAUCACUGGCAAAACGACUCUUCGUUACAGGUUUGCGUAGAAGGUCGGGAUCUAGUUCAGGCAGUAUUUUUGAGUCCCAACAGCGUGCCUGCGUCACCUCAGCAACGCAAGCGACGCGGCUCGCCGGCCGGGCCAUACAGAUCUCGCAUGCGGCGUUCCAGCAGUCAUUACACACCGCAACCUAUUCUGCCACCAGAUAGAGUUGGUUCGGGUCUUCUUAUCGACCUGGCUAAUGGGUCAUCAACGUCCGAGAUUAAUGAAAUGACACAUAUAGAAGAGCCUCCUGUACCGAAAAUCAAUAUUGGAGUUGACCAUCAAGCGAACAUACCAGAGCUUUGCAACGACCGUAUAGACCUACACAGAGCACCUGAACAGUUGCUUUGGGAUCCAGGCAUUAACGAUGCACUUGAUGAUAAUGAAGUUCGCAUGUUCAUGGAGUUAGCGAUGUGCGCGGCGAUGCCAGUCGGUGGACACACCCGGGAAUAUGCUCUUCAGACUCUAGGAGAAUGCGGGGGCGAUAUCAGGGCUGCCACAUUACGCCUAAUGACACGCCCCGCGGCGCCCUCGCAACACGAAUGCCGGUGGACACCUGACGAAGUUGAAGCUUUCCUCGCCGGCCUUGGACACUACGAUAAGGACUUUUAUAGAAUUUCACAACUAAUUAAAACGAAAGACUCGAAACAAUGCGUCCAGUUCUACUAUUUCUGGAAGAAAGUAACAAAAGACUACAAAACUCAUUUCCUACGAGGCUGGAUAAACGAAGUGCUGCCCGCGUCACAAGGUUCAGUAGGGCAGAUAACGUUACAACGGUCCGCAUCCUGUUCUUCACCAACAUCGUAUGACGGAGAAGAAUAUCCUUGCAAAAUAUGCGGGAAAGUAUUUAACAAAGUAAAAAGUCGUAGCGCGCACAUGAAGUCGCACCGCCCAUUCGAUGCUGAGCCGAAAAGGCCAAAACUCGAAAAGCCUUAUGAAAAGGUCGAGAGACCCGACAACAGGGCUCAAGCGGGUGCUGAAUACCAAAGCAAACAGCUGUAACAGAUUCAUUUCUUCCUGUUCUGUACCCUCGCACCAACUACGAAUACAAAAAGAACAACAAACAAACUAAUUAUUGGGUUUCGAGUCAUCAAAUGUUAAUACAUGACCUAAAAACUCGAUAUUUGUCACUUGUCAUGAUAUAUUCAUUGAGGAUUAAAAGGCAAAGAUUCCUUUAUCCGUGCAGUCUGUCCCUACCUAAACUGCUGACUUAUUUAGACGAAAUAAAACAAACGAAAUUUGAAAAUAAAUGCCGAAUGCAUUUGUUUUGUUCACUAGUAAAUAAUUUUGUAAAUAAAUAAUUCGUGGUUUAAAACGAGAAUUAGUGGAUCUAUUAAGAAUCCCCAACUAACAGUUCUCGAUUGAAAACAUCUAUCGUUAUCUCAUAGUUGCUAAGCUUGAAGAGCACAUAAAAUAUUUUGUAUAACGAAUGGUAAAUAUGUAGAUAGUUAGGUUAGGAUAUCUUCAUAAAGUUUUUAUAUGACAGACUUCUUAAUGUGACUUGGCAAGUGUGAUGUUGUAAAUAAGUAUCGGCUGCGUAAAGCGGGCGAGUUCUAUUCGAAAUAAUAUAUUGUUCUAAAUAUUAUGUAUUGCAACUAUAUAACUGAGUGUGAUACUUUACCGUGUAGCAACUACACUACCUCGUUUCUAUUGAACUAUUGAGUUUAUUACGAGCCCAGCUCACUGUUUGCGUUUGCUUGUUUGCUCACUGUCUUGUUAUUAUUUUUUUGUAGUUAUUUUUAAUUAUAUCUUAUCUAGUCUUAUUGGACAAAGAUGCAUAAAAUUGUUCUGUUAAUUAGUCAAUAACGCAACGGAUAUUAAAACGAGCAUCCGUACAUCCACUAGUCACAUAUCGAUAAACAAUUUUAGAAAAAUAUUGACAGUUGAGAGAAAGCUUCUGUGAAUAUGUGUAGAUAAAUUAUUGUAGACUGUAAUAAAAUAUAUAGACAAUUUUUUGGCACAAUCUAUCGACUUCUAUUAUUAUUUAAAUCGAUAUUAAAACUAAGAUUCUAUCGUCCAUUUAAUUCCAUAACAUUCACAGAAGCUAUAAAAAAAUAGUAAAAAUGAAGGAUAAUAUUUUUUUACACAAUAUUAUUGAAAUGCUCAAAUAUUCUAUAUUUUAUGUUGAUAAUUUUAUUAUCUAGUUCAUUGUUGAUUCUUCUUAAUAGUAUUUCUAUUAUUUAGUCGAAUCUUAUUUGAGUUAAUAAGUUAUUAUACUAAAUACAAAUUAGUAGAUUAAUAUAAAUGUUAAUAUUAGUUAAAUGUGUACUCGUACCUACGUGUUGUGAUAAAUGUACUAUUAUUGUUUCGAUGUAUAACUGGUCUAUAAUUUUAAUGGAAUGUACAAAUCGGGCAAUAAGUGUAAUUGCUCAAAUAUAUAACGAGAUGUGUCUGUCGCCCUGUAGUCGGUACUCCCGCUAUCCUCUAACAUUUUAUGUGGUUGUGAAAUUAACUCUGUACAUCUGUCUUCCGAGAUACCUUUCUACGUACCUUAACCUAGCUUUUAUUAUUUGGGCAGUAUUCGCGUAAAAGACAUAUUUAUAUUUUUAAGUUAUUUAUUCAUGUUCACUAAACUUUCUGUAGAUAAAUAUUGAGUCUUUUAGUCGUCCGCUUUUAGGUUUUGAUACAGUAGCUAAAGUCCAUAAUAUUUGUCCUAUUCUUUUUAAGUGAAAUGAGUGAACUUAUGCCAAAAUGCGAGUCAGUUUACUUGCCAUUUUGAUUUUAUGAUAUUAAUUAAAAUUCUAUAUAUUUAAGAUAAAAAUUGAAACCUUAUACUGUACGUAAUUGUAUCACUAACUUGUGUGAUUUAUUGGUUGUGUUCUAUCUUAACAAUAUUGGCAAAUGUUUUCAACGAAUGUAUCAUAAUGUAUUUUAAGUUUAAACUGGAUGCCAAAGUUUUGCCAAACUAUUUGCCAAACUAAAUAUAUAAUUUUAUUAAAGUAUUUUAUAGUUAUAUAGUUAUUAACAUUUUGGUAAAGAUUAGGCGAUGUUUUAAAAGUAUUAAGGAUUGUUUUAGAUUAAGUGGAGACUCUAAUUCAAACCCCAGUCAUUUGUUGUGUAAUGUUACUAUGCUUUGAUAAAGCUACCAAUUUUGUGCCAUUUAUUUCACAAGCUUGGAUCGUAUUUUUAAAUCUUAUUAUAACGAAAGAAAUAGUUUUAUGUAUAUGGAGGUAAAAAGACAUUGAUUAAUAUUCUCUUUUAAUAACGCCUUAGACAAAGUUUGACUUAGACAGUGAAAUCGAAAUAGUAUAAAACAGUGUUCAUUAUUUAUUUGUAAAAUCACUACUAUACAAAAGUUCUAUCGGCAUUCGAAACAUACAAAAUUAUUUUCGUAAACUAAAUUAAGCCGCAAAUCGUGCUAUUAUGUAUAUACUCAAUCUAUUUUCAAAAAAAAACUAUAAUACCGGAGAUAGGUCUAUGUCUAUGACAUUAAAUUACGAUUUAUUAAAGACAAGUCCCUCCAAAAAUACUCAUAGCUAUUAAGACUGAAAGGUACUUUCUAAAUUCGCUAGCCUUCAUCGGUUCCGCGGAAAUAAAGCCGCGAGAACGCACUGUAGAAACAAAUCAAAUCAAAACACGUUGAUAAGAAUCUCAAUGUUGUUGUGAGUUUUUUAGCAGUGCGAGCUCACGGUUAGUCUUUGUUCUAAAUGUUUAUAUAUGUUUUCAUGUAAAAGUAGAUUUAUCAAGGAGUCGCGCGCCCAUUCCAUGUGUCAACGUUACAUACUAGUCAGGGUAUAGUUGUGUAAUGCCCUUAUCUAUUUACCGUGGAUUUCUGAACCCUAAAUCUCUAUAUAAAAAGCAUACCGUCAUUUCUUUCAACUUUGACAAAACAGAUAUAACUUUUAUAAACUUUAUAAUAAAGUUUUCGGUCUCAGAAAUCUACAGUUAGCCAAUCAUUUUCAUAACGCGGUGCCAACUUCAAACUGCACCUACAUCAUGGCCAUUAUAGAUUUCAUUAGAAAAUAUAAUCUAUUCGACUAGAAUUUAUCACACAAAAAUCUAAGUAAGUUAAAAUAUUUAUAAGAUCGAAGAUUGUACAAUCUUAUUUCAAUUUAAAUAUAGAAGUGCCUUACGAUUUUAUUUUUAUAUAUACGGCUUUCGUUUCAUUAUAGAAGUUACUUUACUCAAGAUCAGGUAACAAAAAGCACUGGAAAUUGCAUUUAUAAAGCUCGUAGCACUCACUCUGCUAGACCAGAGUCGCUGUUCACGUGGAGCUGUUUAGUUCAAUUGUUAUUCAUAAAUUAUCUUGUAUAUUUAUUUUAUUCUAGAGAUCACAUUUGUGCCACUUUAAAGUUAACAUCGAAAAGACGCGUUGCUUUUUUACAAAAGAAAAAAUAUUUCAUAAUCUAAUAUCCGUCAUCAUAGUCAGAAAAAGGUCAAUUGUAAUAAAAGACGAAGAUAGAAUUAUAUACUAAAUGAAGCUAUGUAAUUUUGAAUUACAGAAAAGACACAUUUUAGAGUUGUGUUAUUUUUAAAAUGAUUUUUUUUUAAGCAAGUGACUCCCAAACUUUGUAUUAGAUAUCCAUUAUUGUUCGCUUAUCGAUGUGCUUCUGUCCAAUUCCGAUUCUUCUCUAGUCCCGACACACGGCACCAAAUGUAAAUAAUUUUAAAUAACCCUCUGUAUGUGUCAACACAUUGUUAUUAAAUAUAGUAUUAAUAUUUUGUAAGCCUAAAUGGAUAUUAUAUUCUUCUAAUUUUGUAUGAAAUAAUGAGUGUAAGAUCGGUAGACAUUUUGUCUGCCCUUGAUCUAUCCUUUUUAUAUUAGGUUCGGUGACAACCCGACCAUUACAAUUUAAAUAAAAGUUAAAAGUCUAUGGUUAUCGGAUAAAUGAAUUAUUAAACUUGUUCUGCCAAAUUUAAAGCUGAAAGAUAAAAUCAAGGUCAGUGUUGCCAUCGUACAUAAUAUAAUUACUUAUAAAUUUGUAAUAAUAAUGUAGACAGUAAACGAAAACGUGCCAAAUGCACGAUAAUUUGAUAUUACACUCUGUGUUGUGAUUUUGAAUGUUCUGUAAAUUACCAGUCUUUGAAUACUAUGAAAAAAUUUGUAGACACAUUUUUAGAUUAGCACAAUUCUUCGCGUAGACACAUUAGAUUAAAUUUUAAUAAGCGUUUAGGUUUAACAGUGGUAUAAGUUUUCAUGAUGUAAGUGUAUUUAAUUCUAGAUUCAUUGUUAUAUUAAAUCGAUGUGAUGAUUAGAAAGAACAACGACUAUGGUCGAGUCCUCCUGCUGCGCCGGCGCCGGGCGACUCUUCAUAACUUCGCAUAUCCUUGAAACAAUAAGUAAUUGAAUAAAACUCUAUUAUAUAUACUGAUAAAUUUAUUAGGGGUAACUAAUUUUUUAAGACAAUGACUAUUACGUGAUCUUUUAGAUUGUCUUUAUUAAUAAAUAUAUGGUGGAGGUUUUGUCAAAUGGCUUUUAUUAUUUGAAAACCCUCUUAAAAACACGUUAAGAGUGUUACCACUUUAAAAUAUUUUAAAUGUCAAUGAAAAAAUUAUUUGUUAACUUUCGACAAAUCAAUGUCCGUACUAUUGACAUGCAAUGAUCUGUCUAGUAUUGAUAUUAUUAUAAUGCUGAUAUUUCUAUAAAAUCAAUGAAAAUGUCAUAUAAAUGAUUUCCAUUUGCUUUACGAAAAAAAACUUUCGUACCCUUUGCUAAAAUGAGGUAACAAUAUUUAAGAGGCGACAACGAUUAAAUCUACAAAGUAUAAUAAAUUAACACGAAUAAAAGCAUUUUUUUUUCAGACGUUUAUUAACAUUGCUUUUCACAAUGAAAUCUUACCUAAAAAUCGAUAAAUCUCUGUCACAAACACGAAAAACAAAAUAGUGAUGUGCAACAAUAAAACAAAAUCAACAUUUUUUAAGAAUUGCUCACACGCAUUUACACAUAAAAUGUUACAAACAAAAACAACCGACAAGGUUUUAAUGCACUUUUAAAAAAUAUAUAUGUUACUAUGCUGGCAACACUAAAUAUUCAGUCAGUUAAGUCUAGCACAAGUUAUUUGUGGCUGAAAAAAAUCUGUAUCAAUGUAUUUUCCAAUUAUUUUACCUUUUGUUAUUUUUUUUUAAACAGGCAUCAUUUGUUUUUUGUUUGUAACAAAUCUAUUAUAGUUAAGUCUGUGAUAUAUUCUCACUAUAUGUGAGGUUGUAAGUUCAUAUAUUUAAAAGGAAAAUUUUAGACAUAAAAAUAAAAUUUCACAUAACAAAAAUCGAAUCAAGAAAGUCAUCUCGUUUACUAUUAGAGUCCAUUUUAUUGAUAUACCAAGACAGGCCUUUGGUAAAAAAUAAAAAAAAAAGGAAAAAAUAUAACAAUAACUGAUUUAGUCAUUAAAAAUUGCGUAAAUAGACAGCGUAAGUACGGAUUUACUCAAAGUACAAAAAAUUAAACUUUCAUUCCUACAAUAGUUUAUCACUAGGAAAAUUCUAUUUGUGUAUUGAGGAAAAGAAAAUUGAAAAAAAAAGUACGGCGCUGUAACGAGAAAUAAUUCUAAAUGUAACAUUUAAACUAUUAUUAUACGAAUGGACGUAGCAUUUUACCAACACUUUCACGAACAAGUUAAGGCCUUUGGAUAGCAUGAACAAUUUUUUUCAAAAAUAAAAAAAAGUACUAGAACAAUUAUGAAAUCUAUGCACAUUCAAUAUUUGAAAACAUCUUAAAUGUGGCUUAAUUAUAGAUUAAAAAAAUGUUUUAAAUAAAAAAAUCUAUCGUAUUUUUUAGAGAAAAACUCUCUCUCUUUAUAAUAUUGUAUCUGCGGAAUCAUUAUAGUCAUGUUUCAUUUAAAAAUGAAGUGUGGUUGAUUUAUUUCUAUUGGAAGAAACUAAAUGCAAGCAAAAUAAAAGACUAUCUCAGAAGGCACACAAAUAUUUUCUUUUCAACCGAAAUCAAGCAUUGCAAAAAAGCAAAUUAAAUUAACCGAGGGUUUCCUUCUCAAAAACACAUUCAUAUAA